UUUUAUCAUCUUAUCUUUAGAUCCCAGUUGCAGUGAAAUGUCUGAGCCCGGAGAAACUUAGUCUGGACAAAUGUCAACAAGACUUUCUGAAAGAAGCGGCCAUUAUGCAUUCACUCAACCAUGAGCAUCUUGUAAAGUUAUACGGAGUCGUUCUAGACGUCGAUAGUUCUCUUAUGUUGGUCACAGAAUUCGCCCCACUAAGGUCACUAGCAGAAAACAUCAAACAGGAAGCCCUGAAACCAGCAUUCCCCAUCACACUCCUCCUAGAUUUCUCAGUCCAGAUUGCCGAUGCCAUGAGAUAUCUUCACAUGUCAAACAUCAUCCACAGAGACCUGGCUGCCAGGAAUAUACUGCUUUUUGUCGAUGAUGAGGGUAACAAGAAGGCCAAGAUCAGUGACUUUGGUUUAUCAAGACGGUUAUUAUUAGGAGAGAAUUAUCGCAGUGAAAUGAGACCAAACCUCAAGCUACCUCUGGCAUGGAUGCCUGUCGAAUCAUUGACCAAACUCACCUUCACCAAGGCAAGUGACGUCUGGAGCUUUGGUGUGACUAUGUGGGAGAUGUUCUCGUACGGGAGGAAACCUUUUGCAACGUUAUCAGGCGAAGAGAUCUUGAAAACAAUAGACAAGCCAAAGUUGGAACGGUUAGAACGUCCCGAAGCCUGUCCUCAGAAGAUCUACGAGCUUAUGUUAAGGUGUUGGGCAGAUGAACCGGAACGCAGAAUGUCAUUUGCUGAACUUCAUGAAGAACUGCCAAAAGCACGACCAAUGCAGGUGAAAACCCUUGUCAACUAUGUAGCAUUACAUCCAGAAGAACUUACAUUCAGAGCAGAGGACAUACUCUCCGUCGUCGACAUCAAUGACGACACUGGAGUGUGGAAGGGCAUAAAUCCGAUGGGAAAGAUUGGAUACUUCCAGCGGGUGGAUACGGUUGCCCUCGGCAACAAUCAGACGGGGAAGCUCAAAAGAUGGAGGAGCGGAAGGUCUUCUAAAACAGAAAACAGACGAAGCAUAUUGUAUGCAUCGCAGAGACCUAAACGUCAGAGCUGGCAUGGUAAGCUGUCAUUAGACGAUAUCAGCAAACCCAAAGACUACAAGCACAUCUUCCAUGUAGGGGUCGACGGAAAGGUCGAAGGUGACCCAACGUUUGGGGGCGACUAUCGUAAUAUACCAAAGACAGAAGAGGAGGAGGGGUCCAGCCCGUCAAGGUCAUCAUCAACGUCAGGGAGAUCUGAUUCAAAAACCUCCACACCUUCAAAAUCACCAAACAAGUCAAAAAAGAACAACAAGAAGAACAUUUCCGGACCUGUUAUUGAACUCUCAAAAGACACUAUCCUACCACCACCAAACGGUUUUGAAUCCGGUUCAACGGUAAAUGUACCGGAUGUGGUACCCUCUGUAACACAACAGGUGUCAAGUGCGCCACCACCAAUUCCCGAGCAGCUACCGAAGAAGGCGCCGAUUGCAAGUGCGUCACCACCAAUCCCGGCGCAGCCACCACAGAAGGCCCCGAUAGCAGUGCUCGCGGAACCAGAGAUCACAUAUACCAACGGUACCGGUUCCAGAUCAAAUCACAGAGAAGACUCGUAUGGAGAUAAAAAAGAUGGCGAUUUGUCACUUACACCGUCAUUUGAGAUGGGAUCCCUCCUCGAUGAUAUGAUGUCUGUCUGGGACUCUGCUAAACUCAACCUUGGUUUCAGUGACGCCUUAGACCCCACCCCCGAGGAAUCAGAGGACAUCAUGGAGGAAGAGGACUCCCUUUUGGAAGGUGAGGAAAAUGCGCUUUGUAACGGCAAUACUAGUUUGUCACCUCCCACUCUCAGUGUAGGCACGGUGAACCCGGUGGCGGUGGAAGCGGUCGUGACCAACGGCAAUGGUAUGGCGGAAUCAGAGGAGAAGGAAGAGGGGAAGGCUGUGAGUGAAGAGCAGGAGGAAUCGGAGCUUGGUGCGGUAGGCGGGGCUAGUGCUGCUGGGGUUUCGGCGGGGGUGUUGACCACGGGUAAAAGUUCAGAGGGGAGUAUUCUAUCAGGGAAUAUCAUCAUCAAGGACAGUAUGACCAAACCAACAAAGACAUUCCGCAAGGUUCCGCGUCAGACACCUGAUGAAAAUGGGGAAGCAGAUGAUGGUGUAGCUAAACCGGAAAAUCGGCCGCAGGAACAAAGUCAGGCCCCAAGGAACAGACCGGGUAGGGAUAUGAAUCUUGCAAGGCAGAUGUCACGAGAAAAGCGCUGGGAUAACGAAUUUAAGCGAUUGUCAUCAUCCCCCAAAGACAAGUCUUCUGAUAAUGAAUACAUUGACACUGAAACAAUGAACAAAAAGGUUGAUAAAUCAAGUGAGGAGUAUGAAGAAUUGGCCUUGGCUUCUUCUCCACAGCCUUAUACUCUGAGGGACAGUGUACUAGACAGUGCUAACGUUAUGAGAGUGCCUCGUUAUGCUGAUGUCUCGCGAAGCGUCAGUCUGCGUACCACUAGGCCUGGAGCGGACAGUCCUGACUCGCGCGUUGAAGUUGAACUGAAUAGAAGUCAGAGCCUUCGGGAACCACCCAUAUCUCCAUUAGGUCAGCAAGCUUAUAACAGUCUCAUUGGUGGGGAUAUAUCAGGUAAUACGUGUAGAACGCGUCCUGAAGUACCGGAGAGGAAACCACCAGUGGUUCCUCCGAAACCAGCGCCCAAACCACCAAGCCGCGUUAAAGCCCCUGAUAGCUCGGGAGAGGGAAGGUUUCGCAAUGGGGAAGCUAGGCUCUCGGGGUCAAGCAGUCAUAGGAGUUACAGUGGAACUUCUAGCGAUGAUGGGAUGUUUGAAGAUACAAACAUUCAGGUCGCAUCGGGAGACAUCGCUGGGAAGAGUGGUGCAGUUGCGUCCCUGAGACAACGGUUUAACACCAACCAAACUGACGACAUUCCUCCCAGGCCACCUCCACGUGAACUAGCAGAAAACAAAGUAAGCUCGUUCUCAGGAGUCAGGCUCAGGAGACGUGAACAAACAAAUGGGAUGAAUGAAAACUUUUACGCCUCUGAACCGGACAACAAUAAUGCCUUCACCCCAAACCUGAAAUUCAGCUCUACUACCCUCCAAAACCUCGAGCAGCACAUGCCCCGCCGAGUGCGUCGCUCCGUCGGUGAGGACCGCAUUAAGAGAAGAAACUCCAGCGAUGCCAGCGACUCCGACACUGAUGUUGCCAAAACUCGCACCGAACGUGUCUGGAGCACAUCUAGCCGUGCCUCAGAGGGGGAUAGCUCUUCGGACGAGACUGUCGGCUCCAAUCGCCUGUCAACAUCUAGCACAGAGAGGAGCUCUUACUCAGAAACUCAGAGCAGUAGCGGUUACAAAUCUCCGCCACGAUCACUGUACGACCUACCUGAGGACCAGACUAACAGCACCAGUAGCCGACCAGCCCAACCACCAUCUUCAGAAGACCUUCACAGCAUGGAUCAUAGACCUCCCCCUUUGCCCCCUCGAGUCGCAGCAGACUCCACCACCUCCACCCACCGUAAGGCCCCCGAUAGACCCCCAUCUGGAGGCAGCGAUGCCCAUUGGACACGCCCACCUGAAGCCGCGGGGCACAAUGGCGAUAUCCCCCACAGUGCUGUCCCCCCGCCUCGCCCGCUACGGUACGACAUCUACGACCGGCUGCCGCGGAGCAGGACGGUCGAUAUGGGCGAGCAUGAACUUGACUGCCAGAAGCGAGCCAGUCAGUCGGACUAUGAUGUGUUGCCCGUACGGAGACCCGUUUGGAAUCAAAACAAGAGCUUUUCUGUGGAUGGAGCGGAUAUUGGUGAUGACUAUAUGUAUGGCUCAGCGGCCACCAUUAGACAAUUGCUGAGACAGAAUAAUGUAUCUAAUAAUGAAAAUGCGAAUAAUAAUCAUGAUGAGGUUGUCAGUGAUGCUGAUAACUUGGAAGAUAUGCCGGAAACGUCGCCCCCUCCUGUCCCCACUUCCCGUAAAUCAUUCCUUGAUAGCACAAAUGAUGAACACUCUUUAGUGCAACUCUCAGGAAAGUUGGACACUAGUGUAUCACAAGUGCAGAGAUAUUCAAUACGUGAACCUGAGUAUGUCAUGAUGAAACCACAAUCGGAUCAGGAUGUGAAACGUGAGUACACACAGCUUUCGUCAGCGAACCCUAGAAGUGACUAUGCUGUUCCGAUAAGUCACAAUUAUACUAGCCAGAGCAAUAGUGCCAGUCCCAUUCAAAACAAUUCUCCCAAGACCCAUAAGCUUUCAGACAAGGACAAAGCUUUUUAUUUGUUAAUGCAUCCUUCACGUUCAUCCAAACAAAGCAAAAACAACAGUUCUAGCCAAAAGUUCACCAGGACAAAGAGUGCCCAUCUGGUUAGGAGGCCUGCAUUCCUGAGAGCUCCAAGGACUCCAGAGCAGCGACGCGGCACAGUCUCUGCUUCGACCAGACGAAUGGAUGAGGAUGGAUCGUCCAGUCUGCCCAGGAGUGACCGGUCAGCUGGAGAUGGCCAUCGGAUGAGGCGUUCUAGGAGCUCUGAUGAUAUCCUAAAGGACGGUGACUGGACAAUGCCUCAAGAAGCAGAAAGUCUUCAAGACCUUCUAGCCAGGGCUUACAUCUCACCAAAAGACCAUUGCUCUACGGAAGACCCAAGGAGUGGAUAUCUCGUACCUCCAGCCGCCAGGCGCAAACUUCCAUCAUCAGAUGCACCCCAAGUUACCCCCAGUACCCCUCCCCCAUCAACUCACUCCAGCCAUCAGACUCCGCCCUCAUCUGGUUACCAUGGCGAGGCCGCGUAUCUCGACAUGUCACAGAACUCACUAGAGAGGAAAAAGAAAAAGGAACAGGAGAAAAGUUGUUUGAACCGGAUUGAUCCAGUUCAAGGUAGCUCCGAAUGGUCAUCCCCUUCCUCGUCCCCAUCAACAAAAGAUACCGCAAAGUCAGUCUCAUCCAGUGGGAACCGGUUUUCUCAUCCUCCAGCAUCCAGCUCUAACCAGACCAAAGCAGUUCCAGCCAGUGUGAACCGGUUAUCGCAUCCACCAGCAUCAAGUGCAAACCAGUCCAAAGCAGUUUCAUCCAGUGGGGACCAGUUUUCUCAUCCACCAGCAUCCAGCUUAAACCAGAUCAAAGCAGCUCCAUCCAACCAGGCCGUACCACAGAUAAUGUCCAGAUAUGUCUUUUAUGAUCCAAACGAUGAUGAGGUAGAUCUAUAAUACAGGGACGAUAUUUUUAAACGAACAUCUGCAUAAUCAUUCAAAAUGUUGGCAAAUUGGGAGCUAAAAUUCAUAUUGGACAAUUAUUUAUCCUUAUUACUUGAAUAAUGGGGGUUUGUGUUUCUUCUGUUCUUCUGAUAUACGAAUUUAUUUAUUUAGAUGCAUAUUUGGGUCAAAGAUAAUACCUACUGGUGUCUUAAUGUUUUGUAUUUUCAAUACCCCAUUUCCUGGUAUGUAGUUGAGGCUGAGAGUUCUGAGCCCCAAAGCCGCUGCUAAACUUUCGCUCGUAAUUUGGCCUCAAGACUGGCCUAUUGCCCAUGACCCCUUCCCUUGCAGUUUCAUUUGAGCCCUAAAUAUUAUUCUAAGAUAUUUCUUUCUUUUUUUAAUUGCUAGCAAAUGUUCUUAGAAUUAUAUUUUUAAUAACCCCACAUUAUUUGCACCUCUCUUAUGUUUGUCGGCGUGUGCACGCUCGCUGUGUACAAAGUCAGGGGGAAUGGAAAGAUAUCACCAGCGAUGACAGUAUAGACAAUGAAUGGACUGGUGACUGAUUUCAAGAUGCUGAAAGGACAAGAAAGAAAAGUCAAGCAAAUAUUAAAGAAGUGAAGAAACAUUCCUUUGGUAUAUUUCUCAAUGUUUCCAGAGUAGAUUGAACAACUCCAUAGUUUCACUGAAUGUGAAUUUGAGUCUCAUUUUUAUAUUGAUAAAAAGUAGUAACGAAAUCAGUGUGGAAUUGGAGCACGAUAUGGCUCAGUUUUUCCCCCUCUAUCAUGUAUUUCCUCUUUCUAGAGCCCUAUUUUGUUUCUUGUCGUGACAUUGCUUUUUACACUGAGAUUAUUCUUCUGAGGGUUACUUCUGCUCAAAUAAAAAAAAAAGGAAGUGAGAAGUUGUUCACUGUUCAGUCGAGGAGGUUUUUGCAACUAAAUUAUUGGAACAAUGUGUAUAGGUACUAAUAUUAGUACAGGUUUUUCAAGUGAGACAACAAGUUUUAUACAAUACUAAACAUCAAUGGGCUGGUAGAACCUUUUAGGCUUAUCAUAAAGGUUAGAAAACAAAAUUCAAGAAAGCGCAGAGCAGCAGAGCCAAAGUUGUACAACUUACUUUGCCUAAGUCGAAUUACACGGGACCAUAGAAGUUGACUGUAUUGAAGAAUUAUGGCAAUGACGGCAACUUCACGUUGUCUGAAAACAAUCGCCUAGUUCCUCUAGAGAUUGAGAGCUCUUUCUUAGCAAAAGAAUGUUACCACUCAGCCUUGACAAUAAAAUAAACAUUGUCUAGCUGUCUGCAGCAUUUUUAAGAUUUGAGAUUCACGGUUCAUACAGCCCGACAACAAUGUGUUUUGCACCACUAUUCAGACCAUUAUUAUUGCAUACAAACUGGGUUCCAAAAGAAACUUAUCAAACUUCACAAGCGCACUACACAAUUUCCACUUAAGUCCAAAUGAACAAAAUUUUGACACAGGCUACCUUCACUAAUCUUCACUAAGCACAUGUCAAUAAUUAAGAGAUUGGUUUAAGAAGCUGUAGCCACUCAAAUCAAUUCGUUCUGGAAUCCAAACUCACAAAAUGGCAAAAGAAAAACCAUUGAAAAUGAGAUGGAAUCAAACCAAAUGGUAAUUCUUUGCUUGGCUUCUAUUGAGUCUAAUUAACAUUUAAAAUUUUAAUUUCAACUUCCUGUAACUUUUUAGUAAUUGAGGCAUUCGAUUAAACAUGACAAUAAGUAUACUGUGAAUUUUCAUAAACUGGUAACUUUGUUUCAUUCGAUCCCACUUGAAGCCUGAGAUCAUCACACCAGCAACUUCUUAAGACUCCCAAGACACGUGUAGCAUAUGGUGAACAAGCUUUCUGUGCCUCGGCACCUUCUCUCUGGAAUAAUUUGCCAUUAAAUUUAAGAAUUAUACAAUCACUGGAGACCUUCAAAUCUAAACUGAAAUCUUAUCUUUUCUAAUAGUAUUAGUUAUUGGCACUUUGACACUCAGCCAAACUUUCUCAUUUUUUCUUUUCUUGUGCGCCUCGGAAUAGAAUAUUUCUAGAUAGAUGGCACUAUAUAAAUGCGUAUUAUUAUUGUUUCAUUCCAUCUUAUUUUCAUUGGCCAUUCUUUUUCCAUUUCGUGACUUUGGAUUCCGGAACCAAUUGAUAUGAGUGGCUACAGCUUCUUAGUGAUCAAACCAAUCUCUUAAUUAUUGACAUGUGCUUCGUAAAGAUUAUUGAAGCUAGCCUGUGUCAAAAUUUUGUUCAUUUUGAUUGGGUGGACUUUGUGUCUUGCACUUUUAAAGUUUGAUAAGUUUCUUUUGGAACCAAGUUAAGAUGUAAAGCAGUUUUUGUUUUCUAUUGUCAUACCUCAAAGAAACUUUGAAAUAGGAGAAAGAAAUUUCACUGCUUACUAGCCAUGCAUAUUUGAUUCUGAGAGAGCCUGCCAUAAAUCAAAGUUUAUUCUAAAGAUGGUAAUCUUAACCUUGGUAAUUAAAUUUUAUGUAAUAAUUAUUCAAUAUAUGAAAUCACAAAAUGAGGGUUUAUAUUUUAGAUUUGCUGCAUUGUUGCUAUGACGAGGGAAAAGACUGUUAAAUGUUUUAAUGUAGUAAUGUAUUUCAUUUUGAGCAAUUUGUGGUGACCACGGUUCAGUAGAAUCAGAAUAAUUCGAUCAAACUUUCCUUUUCCAGCAUUUCUGAGUCAUUAAUUAAACCCUCUAAAUGUUGAUUCUAAAAUGAAAAAAAAAUGGCUGCUCAAAUUCCUCCGUUGUUGGAAAAAUCUUUUCUUGAAUGCUGUUCUGCAUAUUAAAAACAUAUUUGUAUGGAUAGUUCUGGCUGUGCUGAACAAGUUGAACAAAUUCCUUUUUAAAGAAGUAUUCAAAAUAUUUUGCAUUUAUAUUCUAAAGAUCUCCAGGGUUUCCCAUACCGUCCUUUCACACUGUAAAAAUUUGUAAUUUGAAUGAUUCCAGUAAAAAAAUAAUGCUAAUGACAAAUUUUAGCACAUGUGAAACCAAACCUAAACACGAUUAUAAUCACAGUCGCAAAUUCAAAUCUACUCCAGAGGUGAAUUCCAGUUCCAUUCCAUUCAAAUCACAGUUUUCCUGUGAGUGUGAAAGGUCUGAUGAUUCUAAAGACGAUUUGCAAUCAUCAUUACAAUGAUGAUUCAAGAUUCACAUGUGAAAGGGCCCUUUGUCAGCCCGCUCUUACAAAGUAAACUAAACUACAUAUUUUACAUCACUCUUACUGUAGACCCUCUCUGUCCUUUAUUUUUCUUCAUAAAUUGAUUUUAAAAAUGGCUAACUUCAUUUGACGCUGUAUGAGAGAAUCAGUCAAUGAUAUCAAUCUUCAAGUUUGACAGGAGACAGUAAAAAUACUUGAUAACUUAACCAAAUGAAUAUGAUUGAAAGAAUAUUUGCAACCAAAAUGUUUUUUUUUGUGUCAUCCAAAAACCUUAUGGUUCUAAAUGUAUUUCUUUACAUAUUCUCAAACAGUAUUGCUGUUUGCAUUUUUUUCAUAUUUGUUUUGUUUGCAUUUUAUGUCUUUUCCAGUGCGACAUGUAAUUUAUGUGCUGCCAUCUUUUGGAACUUGCUAUUUUCUUCCAUAAUUAAAAAAAAAAUCAGCAGCAUCUUGUACCUUUGAGAAACUAAGUCGUAUCUGCUUCUUGACAGCUACUUUGAAUUAUUUGUAUUAAUUAUUAUGUAUUAUAUUUGUAAAUAUCUACAAAUAUAAACAGAAAUGUACAUAAUUUUAUAUAUUUGAUAAAACCAAGUAGCGUUCAUUGUAAAUUGACAUGAACAGAUAUUAGGCAUUUUAAAAGUUGCAUGUUUGCAUAAAACUCAUGUUCCCCCUAAUAUUAAUAUUCCUUUUUCCACUUGUUAUGCCUUGUUUAAAAAGAUGUGCUCAUACUUUGUAUUUAUAGUAAUAUUGCUUUGUACAAAUCUACAAGGGUGGUUCUUAUUGUGACUUGUAAUUGUAUAUUUUACUUCUAAUUCUGUAUUCAACUAUUAUUUGAUGACCAAUUAUUAUGCAAACAAAACUACUGCUAUAUACUCCCUUUAUCAUGCCAUGAUAAUUAUUAUUUCUUUGUUCUUUGAGAAUGUAUUAUUAAUGUGAAUGGUUCAUAAUUCAGAUUGUUCUUUUGUGACCAUCGUGAUGAAAUGCAUGUUGCAAAAGUGAACAAAGGUAUGGAUUGUGAGAGUGACUCGGAAAUAAAGUCAUGACACAGAUUUAUAGAAAAAA